AUGGCGACUGCCACGAGUGUGCAUAGGCAAAAUCAAUUCAAGCAAAAUUUGGGCGAGAAAAAUCCUGUUCAAUUUCCUCAAAAAAUGUUCGACAGCAAUCCAUUCAUAUUCAAAGCAGUCUGUUUGUUGAUUCUUCUGCGUUCAUUUGAUGCUCAAGAGAAAAAGUGUCUGGGUCGAGAGCCACAAGAACUCGAGGACGGGUGCACAAUCAUCGAAACGAAACCAUUGGUUUUUAAAGGCACACAAAGUGAAGCCGUCAUUCGCACAAAAGUAGAAAAGGUUCACGAAAUUCAUGCUGGCCUAGAAAUCAUCGAAACUGAUUAUGAGAAUUUUGAUUUCCUGAACAAGACACUCAGAGUUCUCAGAAAUCCCGAAGGAGCAGCAAUCACAAUUCGGAAGAAUACAAAAUUGAAGAGACUCGGAUUCUGGGCGUUGUCGACUCUUGAAGCGAAGAAAGAUGGCCCAAUCAUGAUCAUUGACAAGGACCCAUUUGCGCAAAUUGCUGACAAAGAGGGCGAUGCAUUACGAGACCUCAAACAUCUGGAAUUCGUAUCACGCAUUGGAGUCGAUCCAGAAAACCAAUGUCCACAGAAAUUCGCUGAAGUCAUCAAAUACAAAGAAGAGGUUCCGUUUCAUAAUUAUUGGGCUCUUUUUUUAAUUAUUGGUGUGGUCCUCCUCAUUUUUGCAAUCGGAAUGUUAGUCUGGUAUAAGCGCACGAAGAAGGUGGUGAAAGCAAAGAAGGCAGAGAGCCCCCAGUCGAAGGAUUUGGAGAAAAAAACAGAUGGAGCAGAUGGUGGAAUAGGUGAUGGUGUCCCAGAAAAGGCGGGUAGUAUGCAAGGAAAAGUGGCUGCUGAGGAUCCGAAGAAUAAGUGA